GGAUUGGUAUCGAGUUGUACCCAACUUCUACUCUUCAAAGUGUGUGUUGACAAGCAUCAUGGCGUCUAAUUUCAAAAUCGGAGAUCUUGUAUGGGCAAAGAUGAAAGGCUUCCAAGCAUGGCCCGGAAAGAUUGUGGAGCCUAAAGAGAACAUCAAGAAGCCUGCCAACAAAAAGAAUGUACAGUUUGUUUACUUUUAUGGAUCUGAAAACUAUGCUUGGAUCCAGGAGGAAAACAUCUAUCUGUACCCUGAGUACAAAAGCAAGUAUGAAGGCAGCUCUCGCAUACCCAGGGGCUUUAAGGAAGCACUUGAAGCCAUUGAAAAUGAGCACCAAGCAAUGCUGGCUUCUGGCAAGUUGGAAGAUUUACCUUCUAUCGAUGAAGAGGUGGCACUGAUGCAGAAGUCUGCGGGUGUCGAAGGAGAUGCGUCAGCAUCCACUCCUGCUCCAAGAAAGAUUAAAAAACAGAAAGACUCUAAAGAUGGAAAAGAGUCUCAAACCAGAAAGAGUAAACUGAUGUCCCCAAUGCGCAAAGGCGGCAUGAAGCGACCUAGUGGUUCCUCCCUUGACUCUGGAGCUUCAUCGUCUGCUAAAAAGUUUUUCAUGUCUAAGAGUGGGAAGUCAUCAGACCUUGAUAUCUCCAUGAGAGGUGGUGAUGACUCUAUGCGUGACUCCUAUCACUUCACACACACUUUGGGCACAGGAGACAUGGGAGUGGCUGCCAAACUGGAGGAUAUUGAUGAAGUUAUGUCUGAGGAAAAGGUGGCCAGCAAAACAGUUAUCCCUACUCCCCUACGCAUUGGCUUCCUGGGUCUGGGCAUCAUGGGUCAAGGAAUGGUGAUGAAUUUGCUGAGGUCGGGCCAUGAGGUCACUGUGUGGAACAGGACAGCCACCAAGUGUCGUGAAUUUGUGAAAGCCGGUGCACUUAAGGGCAACAACCCAGCAGAUGUGGUCCAGUCAUGCGACAUCACCUUCACCUGUGUGGCCGAUUCCACCGCAGUUCGAGACAUUAUGUUUGGCAACAUGGGUGUCCUUGAUGGCAUUUCCAAAGGCAAAUGCUACGUAGAGAUGUCAACAGUGGAUGAGGAGACCGUACAGGAUGUGGCUGAUGCCAUUAUGGCCCGUGGUGGCGCGUUUCUGGAAGCCCCUGUCUGCGGAAGUCGUGUGCCCGCCUUGGAAGGACAGCUUCUCAUUUUGUGUUCUGGUGACCGUAAGCUCUUUGAUGACUGUUAUUCCUGCUUUGAGGCUAUGGGAAAGCGAUCGUUCUAUCUUGGAAAUGAGGUGGGCACAGCGACUCGCAUGAAGCUCAUCAACAACAUGAUCCUGGGCAAUGUGGUGGCCAGCCUGGCAGAGGGUAUGGCUCUGGCCGAAAAGCUGGGCAUCGACAUGGAGGACUUUGCAGAGGUGCUCUCCCUCGGGUCUCUCUCAUGUCGCUCCAUCAAUCAUAAGAGCCAAGCUAUCCUGAACGGCCGAUUCGAUCCUCACUUCCCCUUGCAACACCAACAGAAGGACCUUCGCUUGGUGUUAGGGCUAGGAGACAGUGUAGAGCAGCCCUUACACUUGGCUGCCGCGGCCAAUGAACUGUUCAAGAAAGCCAGGCGCAUGGGCUAUGGGGAGGGAGACGUGGCUGCAGUAUUCAAAGCUGCCAAUGAAUUCGGUGCUGACGGUGGAGAUGCAACAGGAUUGAACGAGAGCAGCUCCAAGUAACCUGGAAAAACAACCUGUCAUCAUUUUCCCCCCAGCCAUUUGCAUCAAGUUUUUGUUGUCAUUGUCAUCUGGCCUCAAGUCAAAAUGAUAGUCUAACACGCAAUGGUCAUUGACAUUUUAUUCAUCUUUUACUUUUCUAGACACAGUUUGCAUGGACUGAAAUCAUGAUCUGACUUGACGGGACUCGACAAGCUUUGAAUAAGAGCAGCUCCCAAGUAACAUGGGAGAAGUCCUACUACUACCAUCUUUCAUUGUUCCCCAUGAUUUCCAUCAGUUUUCAUCCUCAUUUUCAUCUCGCCUCACGGAAUCAUUAUGGUUGUCCCUCACACCAUUGUUUGAUAAUGCUGUUUUAUUCAUCUCUCUAUAUAGUAUAGCUCAUACUCUUGUAGAUUCCCUUUUGCAUGGACUACACACUAUUAUAGGUCAUGGUCAUGCUUGGUAUGACACGUGAUGUCACUUUAUUUUUAGUGUGUUUUGCUGCUCUGAUUUUUUAAAAUGAGGAAAUGUGCAGGAUUCAUAGUUGCCUUUACGAGGCAAAUUCGGGGGUCUCUUAGUUUUUUGGAGGUUUUUUUUGUUUUUUUUCAUUAUUAUUGAUGGUGAAUAAAGACACAGUUUGUUAAGGGUACACUGUGAUCUGAACUGUUUCAUGAGACACAGUCAGUCAAUGUAUUGGAAGGGGAAGGGUACUUAAAAGGUAAGUGUAGGACCUCAUGUCAGUCUUGAUUUCUUUCUUUUUUUUUCUUUUCUUUUUUUUUUUUUUUUUUUUUUUUAAUCUUCAGAAAUAAGUAUGUUGACCCGGGAUAAAUUAUUCCUGAUCAAUACAAACUCUUCAAUUUUAAUAAUGCUUAGCUUUUGGUUUACUCUGUUUUGACCUUUCGAAAGUAAACACCUCUGUUCUGAGUUUUAGUUUGGAAACUCUGUAAUCAUGUUUGUGCCAAGUUCCUGUUAAUUCCCGCCUACUUUGUGGUGUUUUAGUAUCAUCUAGAUCACUGACCUGGCGACAGACACAUAAAUUUCACAUUUUCAGUACCCUUAAAUCACGUAUAAAGUUGUCUGUAAAUAAAUGCAUAUAAUGUACUGAAGCCGAAGGAGGCUGGGUAGCUGAAUAAAAUCACAAAUUAAUAACAUAAAGCCUGAAGAAAUGUCUCAAUAUUUUAUUUGGCUUUGUUUAUUGGGCUUUAAAUGCAAGUAGUUUGUCCGUAUUAUAUGAGAAUGAACAUGGGGUGCCACUUAUCUGUAAAGCUUGGUCAUUCUAUGUUCUGAAACAUAGCUUUGUGGAGUGAUUUGUGUUGGUAGGAAGGGGGGGGGGGGGGGAAUAAAAGUUGAAGAAUAAUUCUCUUCUUUUUUAUGUAUAGGAGACCCUGUAUUCUGUAUAGUUAGUAUUGUAUACUCUGUUGGGUGUGUUAACAAAUUAAGACAGUUAAAAUUGUGCAUUGUAUUUAGCUCAUCUUCUAGGUUAAGCAAAGCACACUGUAGGUUUCAUUUUGUUCCCCUUCUGUACGUGGCUUGUCAUCGAAUUUCAGUUCAUGUGUUUUGAGUUUAAAAAUUGCCACUCAGCUGACUGAUGCCAUCAUUUGCACACAAGCCAAGCUAUCUCUGUUGCAUCUGUUGUGAAAUAUUCUAUCCAGCAAAGUACCUCAUUUUUUUUUUUUUUAAAAUUGCUUCAGAUGUCUUUGGCUUUCUUGGUUUUAGAGCUCCAUGGUGCAUAUUUUCAGUUUUGCUCUUUGCCUGGUAGCAAUAACAUUUUUUUUUCCCUCUUUUUUUUCUCCUUUAUUUUCUUAGAAAUUUUAUGGUUGUUUUUUUGUUUUUUUUUGUUUUUUGUUUUUUUAAUGCCAUGAAAAGUAUGUUUUCACAUUUUAUUAAGAUGUUUGUAAAGCUCUGGCUCUAUUUGUUAAUGUAUGCAUUAAUAAACGAAUGACAUAUCCCA